GGGGGAGCCCGGCGGGUCUCUCCUCCCCGCGCCCCGGGCCUCCGGCGGGGCGGGAGGGGACCGUCCAAUAUAAGCCCGGGCUCCCGGGGCUCGGCCGCCCGCGCCGGCUGUGCUGCACCGGGGGAGGAGAGGGAACCCCAGGCGCGAGCGGGGAGAGGGGACCUGCAGCCACAACUUCUCUGGUCCUCUCCAUCCCCUCGGUCCCUCCACCCGUCCCCUUCCCCACCAUCUGGCCCCCACCUUCUUGGAGGCGUCCACCCCUCGGGAGGCAUUGGAAGGGAUUUUUCCCGCAGGUUGCGGAGGGACCCAGACUUGGUGGCCGCUUGCCUCCGGGUGAGGGCGUCUCUCCCCCACCAUCUCAACAUGCUCAGGGGUCCGGGGCCCGGGCUGCGGCUGCUGCUGGCCGCCCUGUGUCUGGGGACAGCGGUGCCCUCCACGGGAGCCUCGAGGAGCCAGAGGCAGGCUCAGCAGAUCGUUCAGCCCCCGUCCCCGGUGGCUGUCAGUCAAAGCAAGCCUGGUUGUUAUGACAAUGGGAAACACUAUCAGAUAAACCAACAGUGGGAGCGGACCUACCUGGGCAAUGCCUUGGUUUGUACUUGUUAUGGAGGAAGCAGAGGUUUUAACUGCGAGAGCAAACCUGAAGCCGAAGAGACUUGCUUUGACAAGUACACUGGGAACACUUACCGAGUGGGUGACACUUAUGAGCGUCCUAAAGACUCCAUGAUCUGGGACUGUACAUGCAUCGGAGCUGGGCGAGGGAGAAUAAGCUGCACUAUUGCAAACCGCUGCCAUGAAGGGGGUCAGUCUUACAAGAUUGGCGACACCUGGAGGAGACCACAUGAGACUGGUGGUUACAUGUUAGAGUGUGUGUGUCUUGGCAAUGGAAAAGGAGAAUGGACCUGCAAGCCUAUAGCUGAGAAAUGUUUUGAUCAUGCUGCUGGGACUUCCUAUGUGGUCGGAGAAACCUGGGAGAAGCCCUACCAAGGCUGGAUGAUGGUGGAUUGUACUUGCCUGGGAGAAGGCAGCGGACGCAUCACUUGCACGUCUAGAAAUAGAUGCAACGAUCAGGACACGAGGGCAUCCUAUAGAAUUGGAGACACCUGGAGCAAGAAGGAUAGUCGAGGAAUCCUGCUCCAGUGCAUCUGUACAGGCAACGGCCGAGGAGAGUGGAAGUGUGAGAGGCACACCUCUUUGCAGACCACAUCGAGAGGAUCUGGCCCCUUCACUGAUCUUCAUGCAGCCGUUUACCAACCGCAGCCUCACCCCCAGCCAGCCCCCUAUGGCCACUGUGUCACAGACAGUGGUGUAGUCUACUCCGUGGGGAUGCAGUGGCUGAAGACACAAGGAAAUAAGCAAAUGCUUUGCACAUGCCUGGGCAAUGGAGUCAGCUGCCAAGAGACAGCUGUAACCCAGACUUACGGUGGAAACUCGAAUGGGGAGCCGUGUGUCUUACCAUUCACCUACAAUGGCAGGACGUUCUACUCCUGUACCACAGAAGGGCGACAGGAUGGACAUCUUUGGUGCAGCACCACUUCGAAUUAUGAACAGGACCAGAGAUAUUCUUUCUGCACAGACCAUACUGUUUUGGUUCAGACUCGAGGAGGAAAUUCCAAUGGUGCCUUGUGCCACUUCCCCUUCCUGUACAACAACCACAAUUACACUGAUUGCACUUCUGAGGGCAGAAGAGACAACAUGAAGUGGUGUGGAACCACACAGAACUAUGACGCUGACCAGAAGUUUGGAUUCUGCCCCAUGGCUGCCCACGAGGAAAUCUGCACAACCAACGAAGGGGUCAUGUACCGCAUCGGAGAUCAGUGGGAUAAGCAGCAUGACAUGGGUCACAUGAUGAGGUGCACGUGUGUUGGGAAUGGUCGUGGGGAAUGGACGUGCAUUGCCUACUCGCAGCUUCGAGAUCAGUGCAUUGUUGAUGACAUCACUUACAAUGUGAAUGACACGUUCCACAAGCGUCAUGAAGAGGGGCACAUGCUGAACUGCACGUGCUUCGGCCAGGGUCGGGGCAGAUGGAAGUGCGAUCCCGUUGACCAAUGCCAGGAUUCAGAGACUGGGACAUUUUAUCAAAUUGGAGAUUCAUGGGAGAAGUAUGUGCAUGGUGUCAGAUACCAGUGCUAUUGCUAUGGCCGUGGCAUUGGGGAGUGGCAUUGCCAACCUUUACAGACUUAUGCAAGCUCAAGUGGUCCUGUCCAAGUAGUUAUCACUGAGACUCCGAGUCAGCCCAACUCUCACCCCAUCCAGUGGAAUGCACCACAACCAUCUCACAUUUCCAAGUACAUCCUCAGAUGGAAACCCAAAAAUUCUGCAGGCCGUUGGAAGGAAGCUACCAUACCAGGCCACUUAAACUCCUAUACCAUCAAAGGUCUGAAGCCUGGUGUGGUAUACGAGGGCCAGCUCAUCAGCAUCCAGCAGUACGGCCACCAAGAAGUGACUCGCUUUGACUUCACCACCACUAGCACAAGCUCACCUGUGACCAGCAACACCGUGACAGGAGAGACGACCCCCUUUUCUCCCCUUGUUGCCACUUCUGAAUCUGUGACUGAAAUCACAGCCAGCAGCUUUGUGGUCUCCUGGGUCUCAGCUUCUGACACCGUGUCGGGAUUCCGGGUGGAAUAUGAGCUGAGUGAGGAAGGAGAUGAGCCACAGUACCUGGAUCUUCCAAGCACAGCCACUUCCGUGAACAUCCCUGAUCUGCUUCCUGGCCGAAAAUACAUUGUAAAUGUCUAUCAGAUAUCUGAGGACGGGGAACAGAGUUUGAUCCUGUCUACUUCGCAAACAACAGCGCCCGAUGCCCCUCCUGACCCGACCGUGGACCUAGUUGAUGACACCUCAAUUGUUGUUCGCUGGAGCAGACCGCAGGCUCCCAUCACAGGGUACAGAAUAGUCUAUUCGCCAUCAGUAGAAGGUAGCAGCACGGAACUCAACCUUCCUGAAACUGCAAACUCCGUCACCCUCAGUGACUUGCAGCCUGGUGUUCAAUAUAACAUCACUAUCUAUGCUGUGGAAGAAAACCAAGAAAGUACUCCUGUUGUCAUUCAACAAGAAACCACUGGCACCCCACGUCCAGAUACAGUGCCCUCUCCCAGGGACCUGCAGUUUGUGGAAGUGACAGACGUGAAGGUCACCAUCAUGUGGACACCCCCUGAGAGUGUGGUGACCGGCUACCGCGUGGAUGUGAUCCCCGUCAACCUGCCUGGGGAGCAUGGCCAGAGGCUGCCUAUCAGCAGAAACACCUUUGCAGAAGUCACCGGGCUGUCCCCCGGGGUCACCUAUUACUUCAAAGUCUUCGCAGUGAACCAUGGGAGGGAGAGCAAGCCUCUGACUGCCCAACAGACAACCAAACUGGAUGCUCCCACUAACCUCCAGUUUGUCAAUGAAACUGAUUCUACUGUCCUGGUGAUAUGGACUCGGCCUCGGGCACGGAUAACAGGGUACCGACUGACUGUGGGCCCGACCCGAGGAGGCCAGCCCAAGCAGUACAAUGUGGGUCCCUCUGCCUCGAAGUACCCACUGAGGAACCUGCAGCCUGGAUCUGAGUACACCGUAUCCCUCGUGGCCAUAAAGGGCAACCAACAGAGCCCCAAAGUCACUGGAGUCUUUUCCACAUUGCAGCCGGGGAGCUCCAUUCCACCUUACAACACUGAGGUGACUGAGACCACCAUUGUGAUCACAUGGACACCUGCUCCAAGAAUUGGUUUUAAGCUGGGUGUUCGACCAAGCCAGGGAGGAGAGGCACCACGAGAAGUGACUUCAGACUCAGGAAGCAUCGUUGUGUCUGGCUUGACUCCAGGCGUGGAAUAUGUCUAUACCAUCCAAGUCCUGAGAGAUGGACAGGAAAGAGAUGCACCAAUCGUAAACAAAGUGGUGACACCAUUGUCUCCACCAACAAACUUGCAUCUGGAGUCAAACCCUGACACUGGAGUGCUCACAGUCUCCUGGGAGAGGAGCACCACCCCAGACAUUACUGGUUAUAGAAUUACCACAACCCCUACAAAUGGCCAGCAGGGAUAUUCUUUGGAAGAAGAGGUCCAUGCUGAUCAGAGUUCCUGCACUUUUGAUAACCUGAGUCCCGGCCUGGAGUACAAUGUCAGUGUUUACACUGUCAAGGAUGACAAGGAAAGUGUCCCUAUCUCUGAUACCAUCAUCCCAGAGGUGCCCCAACUCACUGACCUAAGCUUUGUUGAUAUAACCGAUUCAAGCAUCGGCCUGAGGUGGACCCCGCUAAACUCUUCCACCAUUAUUGGGUACCGCAUCACAGUAGUUGCGGCAGGAGAAGGGAUCCCUAUUUUUGAAGAUUUUGUGGACUCCUCAGUAGGAUACUACACAGUCACAGGGCUGGAGCCGGGCAUUGACUAUGAUAUCAGCGUUAUCACUCUCAUUAAUGGCGGCGAGAGUGCCCCUACUACACUGACACAGCAAACGGCUGUUCCCCCUCCCACUGACCUGCGAUUCACCAACAUUGGUCCAGACACCAUGCGCAUCACCUGGGCUCCACCCCCAUCCAUUGAUUUGACCAACUUCCUGGUGCGUUACUCACCUGUGAAAAAUGAAGAGGACGUUGCAGAAUUGUCAAUUUCUCCUUCAGACAAUGCAGUGGUCUUAACAAAUCUCCUGCCUGGUACAGAAUAUUUAGUGAGUGUCUCCAGUGUCUACGAACAACACGAGAGCAUACCUCUUAGAGGAAGACAGAAAACAGGCCUUGAUUCCCCAACUGGCAUUGACUUUUCUGAUAUUACUGCCAACUCUUUUACUGUGCACUGGAUUGCUCCUCGAGCCACCAUCACUGGCUACAGGAUCCGCCAUAAUCCCGAGCAUCAGAGCGGGAGACCUCGAGAAGAUCGGGUGCCCCCAACUCGGAACUCCAUCACCCUCACCAACCUCACUCCCGGCACAGAGUAUGUGGUCAGCAUCAUUGCUCUUUAUGGCAGAGAGGAAAGUCUCCCAUUGGUUGGCCAACAAUCAACAGUUUCUGAUGUUCCGAGGGACCUGGAAGUUGUUGCUGCAUCCCCCACCAGCCUGCUGAUCAGCUGGGAUGCUCCUGCUGUCACAGUGAGAUACUACAGGAUCACCUAUGGAGAAACAGGAGGAAAUAGCCCUGUCCAGGAGUUCACUGUGCCUGGAAGCAAGUCUACAGCUACCAUCAGUGGCCUUAAACCUGGAGUCGAUUAUACCAUCACUCUGUAUGCUGUCACUGGCCGUGGGGACAGCCCCGCGAGCAGCAAGCCAGUUACCAUUAAUUACCGAACAGAAAUUGACAAACCAUCCCAGAUGCAAGUGACUGAUGUUCAGGAUAACAGCAUUAGUGUCAAGUGGCUGCCUUCAAGUUCCCCUGUUACCGGUUACAGAGUAACCACCACUCCCAAAAAUGGACCAGGACCAACAAAAACUAAAACUACAGGUCCAGAUCAAACAGAAAUGACCAUUGAAGGCUUGCAGCCCACAGUGGAGUAUGUGGUUAGUGUCUAUGCUCAGAAUCCAAAUGGCGAGAGUCAACCACUGGUUCAGACUGCAGUAACCAACAUUGAUCGCCCUAAAGGACUGGCAUUCACUGAUGUGGAUGUCGAUUCCAUCAAAAUUGCUUGGGAAAGCCCACAGGGGCAAGUUUCCAGGUACAGGGUGACCUACUCGAGCCCUGAGGAUGGAAUCCAUGAGCUAUUCCCUGCACCUGAUGGUGAAGAAGACACUGCAGAGCUGCAAGGCCUCAGACCGGGUUCUGAGUACACAGUCAGUGUGGUUGCCUUGCACGAUGAUAUGGAGAGCCAGCCCCUGAUUGGAACCCAGUCCACAGCCAUUCCUCCACCAACUGACCUGAAGUUCACUCAGGUCACACCAACAAGCCUGAGCGCCCAGUGGACGCCACCUAACGUUCAGCUCACUGGAUAUCGAGUGCGGGUGACCCCAAAGGAGAAGACCGGACCAAUGAAAGAAAUCAACCUUGCUCCUGACAGCUCAUCCGUGGUUGUAUCCGGACUUAUGGUGGCCACCAAAUAUGAAGUGAGUGUCUACGCUCUGAAGGACACUUUGACGAGCAGACCAGCUCAGGGAGUUGUCACCACUCUGGAGAAUGUCAGCCCACCAAGAAGGGCUCGUGUGACAGAUGCUACUGAGACCACCAUCACCAUUAGCUGGAGAACCAAGACGGAGACGAUCACUGGCUUCCAAGUUGAUGCUGUUCCAGCCAAUGGCCAGACUCCAAUCCAGAGAACCAUCAGCCCAGAUAUCAGAAGCUACACCAUCACAGGUUUACAACCGGGUACUGACUACAAGAUCUACCUGUACACCUUGAACGACAAUGCCCGGAGCUCCCCAGUGGUCAUCGACGCCUCCACAGCCAUUGAUGCACCAUCCAACCUGCGUUUCCUGGCCACCACACCCAAUUCCUUGCUGGUAUCAUGGCAGCCACCACGUGCCAGGAUUACUGGCUACAUCAUCAAGUAUGAGAAGCCUGGGUCUCCUCCCAGAGAAGUGGUCCCUCGGCCCCGCCCUGGUGUCACAGAGGCUACUAUUACUGGUCUGGAACCGGGAACCGAAUAUACGAUUUAUGUCAUUGCCCUGAAGAAUAAUCAGAAGAGCGAGCCCCUGAUUGGAAGGAAAAAGACAGAUGAGCUUCCCCAACUGGUAACCCUUCCACACCCCAAUCUUCAUGGACCAGAGAUCUUGGAUGUUCCUUCCACAGUUCAAAAGACCCCUUUCAUCACCCACCCUGGGUAUGACACUGGAAAUGGUAUUCAGCUUCCUGGCACUUCCGGUCAGCAACCCAGUGUUGGGCAACAAAUGAUCUUUGAGGAACAUGGUUUUAGGCGGACCACACCGCCCACAACAGCCGCCCCCAUAAGGCAUAGGCCAAGACCGUACCCGCCGAAUGUAGGACAAGAAGCUCUCUCUCAGACAACCAUCUCUUGGACCCCAUUCCAGGAAAGUUCUGAGUACAUCAUUUCAUGUCAUCCUGUUGGCAAUGAUGAAGAACCCUUACAGUUCAGGGUUCCUGGAACUUCCACCAGUGCCACUCUGACAGGCCUCACCAGAGGUGCCACCUACAACAUCAUAGUGGAGGCACUGAAGGACCAGCAGAGGCAUAAGGUUCGGGAAGAGGUUGUGACUGUGGGCAACUCUGUCAACGAAGGCUUGGGCCAACCUACAGAUGACUCGUGCUUUGACCCCUACACAGUUUCUCAUUACGCCGUCGGAGAUGAGUGGGAACGAAUGUCUGAAUCAGGCUUUAAACUGUUGUGCCAGUGCUUAGGCUUUGGAAGUGGUCAUUUCAGAUGCGAUUCAUCUAGAUGGUGCCAUGACAAUGGUGUGAACUAUAAGAUUGGAGAGAAGUGGGACCGUCAGGGAGAAAAUGGCCAGAUGAUGAGCUGCACGUGUCUUGGGAACGGAAAAGGAGAAUUCAAGUGUGAUCCCCAUGAGGCAACAUGUUAUGAUGAUGGGAAGACGUACCACGUAGGAGAACAGUGGCAGAAGGAAUAUCUCGGUGCCAUUUGCUCCUGCACAUGCUUUGGAGGCCAGCGGGGCUGGCGCUGUGACAACUGCCGCAGACCUGGAGGCGAACCCGGUACCGAAGGCUCCACUGGCCUUUCCUACAACCAGUAUUCUCAGAGAUACCAUCAGAGAACAAACACUAAUGUCAAUUGCCCAAUUGAGUGCUUCAUGCCUUUAGAUGUACAAGCUGACAGAGAAGAUUCCCGAGAGUAAAUCUUUCCAACCCAGAGGAACAAGCAUGUCUCUCUGCCAAGAUCCAUCCAAACUGGAGUGAUGUUAGCAGCCCCAUCUUAGAGUUCCUGUUUCUUUCUUAAGCCCUUUGCUCUGGAGGAAGUUCUCCAGCUUCCGCUCAAUUCACAGCUUCUCCAAGCAUCACCCUGGGAGCGUCCCGAGAGUCUUCUCAUAAAUGAGGGCUGCACAUUGCCUGUUCUGCUUCAAAGUAUUCAAUGCCGCUCAGUAUUAUAAAUGAAGUGAUUCUAACUUGUGAUUUGAUUUGGGAUCAAUAGGAAAGCACAUGCAGCCAACCAAGAUGCAAAAUGUAUUGAAAUGCUAUGACCAAAAUUUUAAGUAGGAAAGUUACCCAAACACUUCUGCUCUCACAUAAGUGUCUGGCCCGCGAUACUGUAAGAACAGCAUGUCCCGUUACCGUGGUAUUUCAAAUAUCCACAGUACUCACUUUUUCCAAACGAUCCUGGUAAUUGCCUAGAAAUAUCUUUCUCUUACCUGUUAUUUAUCAAUUUUUCCCAGUAUUUUUAUAUGGAAAAAAUGGUAUUGAAAACACUUAGUAUGCAGUUGAUAAGAGGAAUUUGGUAUAAUUAUGGUUGGUGAUUAUUUUUUAUACUAUAUGUGCCAAAGCUUUACUACUGUGGAAAGACAACUGUUUUAAUAAAAGGUUUACAUUCCACAA